AUGACGGACUACUGGGUAUCGACCAAGAAGCAUUACUGCGAGGUAUGCAAGUGCUGGAUAUCGGGUACAACACUGAAUAUUAAGAACCAUGAAUCCAGCGCCCGGCAUAUCUCGUCGCUUCGCAAUAAGAUGAUCGAGUCUCACCGCAGAGACGUGGCUAGGAAAGAACAGGAAGCGUUUGAAGCGGCCGAAAUCGCUCGCCUAAACAGCGUCACGAUGGACGGGCCUAGCAUCGUCGAGCCCGUUGGUGAUUCGGGCUUUGUAGGCAGUUCAUUCUCCACGCAUAACCGCCUUCUGCGCCCACCUGUGGACAAAGAGAAGGAGCAGAUGCAAGUUUUGGAUACCAUUUCGCGUGUCUUGUCCGGGGCGCCGCCCGACGAGCCGGAUCACAAUCGCAACACCACGUGGAUGGCGUUCAUCGACCCGGAAGACGGGACACUGACGUAUUACAACAACUUUACGGGCUUGAAAACCAAGAAUCGGCCUCGGGACUUCGACGGCGUACUUCCAACCGCUGCGAGCUCCCUUACGUCAAAUUGGACGCUCAAGUUCGACCCUACUAAGGGGGCCAAGUAUUAUCACAAUCUGGCCACAGGUGAGAUUAGGUGGCUGGAGGCACCGAGGCCAAGCGCUGCCCCGGCGCCACCGCCAAGGAAGGCAGAAAGCAGUAGCGUUCCGCCAUCAAUCCCCAUAAAAAUGGAACCUGAUACGUCCGAAACAAGCGCCAAUAAGGCGCCAUCGCAAAUCCGCAUAAAGUUGGAGCCAAUGGAGUCUCAACCUCCGGAGAGGCCAACGCCCCCUACGCCGGCUGCAGUUCGUAUUAAGCCUGAGCCUGAGGACCAAUCGCAAGGGGCUGAUGCUUAUGAACCUAGUCAACGCGCUACGGAAAACCGACCAGAGCUUCCCAAGGAGCAGUACGCCGCACCUCCAAUUGGCCAGUGGGAGGUAGUUAAGCCGGAGGAAAGCGUGUUUUCCCACUCUAUAGUCUCAUUGGACCCUUAUAUCAACCCUCCAGCGGCGCCAAAAAGAGAACCGGACAUUCUGGAUGUGAUUCGCGAUGCAACUUAUGAAACGCCUUUGUUGAACGUUGACGACAUGCAACUACAGGAGAAGCAGGUGUUCACCAAACACAAGGUGAUAUGCAUCUUUUGA